UGACAGAUGUCUGCUUCAGCUGCAGCAGAGGAACCAACCCGAACCUAACGAAGGCGGGGUUUAAGAAAAAACAAGGAAUUUCCUGGUGAGCUACGACAACACGGGAAGAUGAACGUGGGCGUAGCUCACAGCGAGGUGAACCCCAACACGCGGGUGAUGAACAGCAGAGGGAUAUGGCUCACCUACCUGCUGCUGACCGUCGUGUUGCACAUCGUGCUGCUCAGCAUUCCUUUUUUCACCGUGCCGCUCGUCUGGACCCUUACCAAUGUCAUCCACAACCUGGUGAUGUACCUGUUUCUACACACAGUGAAGGGCACUCCCUUCGAGACACCAGACCAAGGCAAAGCUCGUCUGCUCACACACUGGGAACAGAUGGACUACGGGGUCCAAUUCACAGCUUCACGUAAAUUCCUCACCAUCUCCCCAAUUGUUCUGUAUAUUCUUGCCAGUUUCUACACAAAAUACGAUCCCACGCAUUUCCUAAUCAACACAAGCUCCCUCCUGAGCGUCCUCCUCCCAAAGUUACCUCAGUUUCAUGGAGUACGGAUAUUUGGGAUCAACAAAUACUGACAGAACUGAUUCAACACUGGAUUUUAACCACCAACACUGGACUUUUAGUUUUCUGUUUCUGCUGAACUAUUGUUAGGUUUAGAAGUCGACGAGAAGAGUUUAUCUGUUCAGACUGUGUGGAGUAAUAUAUGAAAGUUGCAGUUCGUGCUGCCUCUUGUAGCCUGAGAAAGAAAAAAAAAGCAGUAAAUGCACUGCUGCUGUUUCAUGAAAGUAAUUUUAUUUUUCUUUAAGGACAUUUCCUGUCAGAUGUUUUUGUUGUCAAAAAGCCAGAUGCUUUGCUCUUGUCAUGGAGAGAGAGAGAGAGCAAAGUUUGACCUGCACUGCUUUCGAAUGUGAUCUUUAUUCAUUAUUUUUGAAAAUGCCAUCACUCUCUGUCUUAGACUUAAUUUUACAAAUGUUACAAACUGCACUGGCUGCAAGUCUGUAAACUGAGUUUCUGGUUGUCGCCAUAAAUGUGAAUGAAUGUUUUCAUUCAUUGUGGCCGUGUGGUUCAUGUUCUGAAUGAUACUUGCAAGUUUCUUUUUUUUUUUUUUUCCAUGCUUUCUUUUUGAUUUACUUUUAAGGAUUCACAUGCAGUAUGCAUUUACAUGCCUACAAUAAACACUGCAGACUUUGUUUUGCUAUGAUACACAUAA